AUGAAAAUAGUGAAUGCUCAGCCAGUUCCAGAUGAGCUGGUUGCAAAGCUGCUGGGUAACCAGGCAAAUUUUAGCCCCGUGGUCACUGUGGAGCCUCGGCGGCGCAAGUUUCACCGGCCCAUCGGCCUGCGUAUACCCCUGCCCCCGUCCUGGAGGGACAGUCCCCGAGACGCUGGGGAGGGCGACACCACCAGUCUGCGUCUGCUUUGCUCUGUCAUAGGUGGCACAGCCCCGGCCCAAUGGGAAGACAUUACUGGCACCACCAAGCUUAUGUAUGCUAAAGACUGUGCCAGUUUCACAACAAAUGUUUCAGCACGAUUCUGGCUCGCAGACUGUCCUCGGACAGCUGAGGCCGUCUCCUUCGCCAACCUGCUCUACAGAGAGCUGUCAGCUGUCCCCUACAUGGCCAAGUUUGUGGUGUUUGCAAAAAUGAAUGAGCUGCGUGAGGGCCGCCUGCGCUGCUACUGCAUGACUGACGAUAAGAUGGAUAAAACCCUGGAACAACAUGAGAACUUCACAGAGGUGGCUCGCAGCAGAGACAUAGAGGUGAUGGAGGGAAUGCCGCUUCACUUGGAGUGUUCAGGGAACCUGGUGCCCGUGAGGAAGGCCACCCAGCAGCCUCGCUGCUUCAGCUUCCAGGCCUUCAGAGACAACCGACUUCCUGUCUCUGUUAAGGUGAGAGACAGCAGUAAAGAGCACACUGGAUUUCUAUCUUUCCUGCGCAAGUCAACCAAGUAUGAGGACAGCCAACAUGUGCUCUGUAACCUCAACAUUACCAUGCCUCCAUGUAUCAAGACUGUUGGAAGUGAAGACCGGAGGCGAACUCUGACCCCGCUGGCUUUAAGAGAAAGAUACAGCGCCCUAAAUGAACCUGCUAUGGCAUCUAUGAGUGCCAUGGAGAGGACAGAGCUGAAGAUGGCUGUGAUUGCAGAACAGCUGGGACUGAGCUGGGCUGAGUUGGCACGUGAGCUUCAGCUCAGCGUGGAUGAUAUCAAUAAGAUUCGUGUAGAGAAUCCUAACUCGCUGCUGGAGCAGAGCUCUGCGCUGCUAAACCUGUGGGCCACCCGCGAGGGAAAGAGGGCCAAGAGUGAGUAUAUGAGAUUGGAGAGUUUGUACGCAGCUCUGAAGAGUAUUGACCGUAUGGACAUAGUCAACAUGUUAGAGGGCCAGCCGCCUCAGCCUGCGAGACAGGGCUCCCGCGAUUUCAGCAGACGUCGAAACACCGAGAGAGACAACCUCUCCCCUGGUAUGACGAAUGCCUAGCCGCCCUACUCUUCCUCCUUCUCACUCCUCUCCGAACUCUGAACUCAUGCCAACCUCAUGUUGACCUCUGACCCACAUCUUUAUCUUAUUUAUUUUUUUGCGACUAGUCGUGCAUUUCCUUUAUUUUUGUGCUCUUGAAAACCCCACCUUUUUAAGUGUCCGCUCUGUGACCGAUACCCCUCACACAGACUUUGUACUCAGCACCCACUGGGAGGGGGGAGGUGACCCUCGCUCUCUAUCGCUGUUUCUGUCUGUGACCAUCACCCUAUUUUAUAUUCCUCUUCCUCUCUUGCUGCCUUUUUUUUUCUCUUUUUCCUACUCUUUCCUUUCCCUCUUUUC